UUUAAACCCAAAUACAACUAAUGCUUCUUUAGGUCAUCAUGAUAAUUAUCAUGGAUAAAUUCUUGUUAAUUAGCCCUCUCCCCUCCUAAUCACACACACACUAAAUUAAUCACACAACAUAAUGGACGAUGAAAAAACGACAGUGCGUUUUGGUGUCCUUGGUUGUGCUCACAUCUCUAUCAAGCUUUGCAAGGCCAUACUUAGAGCACCAAAUGCCACUCUUCAAGCCAUAGGCAGCCGUUCCCUAGAGAAGGCAACUGCCUUCGCGGCCGAGAACGGCCUGCCGGAGGCAGUUAGGGUUUAUGGUAACUAUGAAGGUGUUCUUGAUGAUGAUCACGUGGAUGCUGUAUACAUUCCUCUCCCAACAGCUCUGCACGUGACAUGGGCAGUAAGAGCUGCUGAGAGAGGAAAGCAUAUACUUUUGGAGAAACCGGUGGCGAUGAACACGGCGGAGCUUGACCGAAUUCUGGAGGCUUGUGAGGGUAAUGGGGUUCAAUUCAUGGAUGGGACCAUGUGGGUGCACCACCCUCGUACGGCUAAAAUGAAGGAAGCUUUAUCUGAUGAACAACGUUUUGGUCAACUCAAAUGGAUACACAGUUGUCUCACGUACAAUCCCGGACCGGAAUUUCUAAAGCAUAGCAUCCGUGCAAAGCCGGACCUGGACGGCCUCGGCGCCCUCGGCGACACCGGCUGGUACUGCAUACGCGCCAUAUUGUGGGCCAUGAACUACGAACUUCCAAAAUCAGUGCUCGCUUUUCCCGGAGCCAUUCUCAACGAACAAGGUGUAAUAAUUUCAUGCGGCUCAGCCUUGCAUUGGGAAGAUGGAAGAUCUGCAACGUUCCAUUGCUCCUUCUUAUCUUACGUAACCUUUGACGUCACUGCUUUGGGAACGAAAGGAUGUCUCCGUCUUCACGAUUUCACUCUUCCGUUUGAGGAGAAUUUCGGUUAUGGAACCUUCUAUGAGGCUUCGGAGAUGGAUUAUGGGAAGAUUGAAGCGGGAAGAUGGUGCCCUAAGCCUAAUGAGCAUGUUGUGGAGACUGAGGUUCCUCAAGAGGUUUUGAUGGUUAAAAAAUUUGCUGAGUUGGUUUAUAAUAUUAAGUUUUGUGGAGAGAAGCCUCUCAAGGAAUGGAGUGUUGUGAGUAGAAAGACUCAAAUUGUGUUGGAUGCAGUGAAAGAAUCUAUUCAGAGAAAUUAUCAGCCUGUUGAAAUUAAUUAAAUAAUUGUGAAUUAUUAUUAUAUUAGAUCUUGGAGUAGUAGUAUAUAAUGUAUUUAAUUUGGUUAAGGACUUUGUUGCUUUGCUGUGAAAGGCUUCUUCAUGGUUAAUGUUGAUUUGAGUUUAUGUUUAA